UCGGCUUUUCUACCUCCUCCGCUUUUCCCCUGCCAUACCUCGAUGCAACGUACACAAAUGUAGCCGACUUCGACAUACGUACUAUGUUUCUCUAUUGCAGCUACUUGCACGGCAAAUAGUUAUACGGCCAGGACAGAGCAGGGCGGAUCACAGAGACACACAGCAGCCACGCGUACGCAGAUGCCCUGAUGCUACGAACUGCCAUCAUCCGCCUGUAUACAACAACACUCCCACUGCGAUACUCCGCUGGCUCUUUUCGCCUACCUGCUAUCGCUAACCAUCUGUCUCUUUAUCUAGAGACAACUAUGUAGAACUAUCUGCUGUAAUCUUUGUUCUGCUGCACACAAAAAUCUUCUCGUGUAGUGACAUUUCUCUAACGGCAUUUCCUGCAAAAGCUGUGACUAAUGGCGGUUACAGCUUCUGCUAUUGCUACUAGCAUUGAUACGGUUGCCAUAAUUUUAUCUUAUAUCUACUAUAGCUCAUCCUGUGCGACACUAUUUGUCUCUCUUUGAACGACCUUAGCAUCUGCUCGCCGGUGUUGCCGCUGGCAUUGUGAAGUGCCGCUUUGUUCAAUUCAACAUUAACUUCCACUUCGACUUCAAUUCAUAGGCUGCUGUUUUCGGCCUCCGUCUGCGGUCAUCUAUCAAUCCAAGCAGUACGAUAAUCUAUUCAGUGCCGUUGACCCAUUGACUAUCCCACCGAUCGACCGAGCAGCUUCCCGGUAAACGAGUGCAUGCAAACCUAUUAUCUGCAUUCUAUCGUCUGGACUCAUCCUUGAGUUGACCUAUAAUUUAUGCCUCUUUGCCCCUGCUCCUACAUUGCACUGUUUAAUUAGUUAAAGCAUGUGUGAGGUGCAUAACGCCGUCCGUCCGUCUGUCCCGUGUAACGACCUGACAUCAGUAAAUACGAGCCCUCGGGGAGCAGUGGCUGCCCAUCAUCUAUGCUAUCGACGUUUGAUGACCACAUACUAGACACUAGUAACAGGUACUUGCUUCUACAGCAAAAACCGAUGGAAUUAAGAGGCGUGCCAUAUCGCGAUACUACCGUACGUAUAUACCCUGUCCGCUUUGCUUUUUUCGAAAGCUACCUUCAUUCUCGAAAUCAUAGAGCGUGCGUCUAGAGACGAACACGAUAGGGAGCCAAAGAAGAAAGGAACAAAGCAAACCACCGACCAGCGGGAAUGAAUUAAGUGAAUUACGUCAUAUCAACAAACAUAACAAAUGGUCGAAACAAAAUUAUCACAAGUACUCGAGCCGACUCUAAUAUGACAUGAAUGCGGAUGCUGACUAUAGAACCCCAUCCCCACCUAGUUAAAAGGCACCGCUCGUUGAAGUACAAUCGUCUUCAUUCAUCUGGCGUCACAAAUACACACGGAGUGUCUUCGUCCAGAGACGAUAGAACAGGACCCUCCUGCGCUCCCGUUAACCCUGCCAAGCACCGAGGACCGCAGUAGUCUGCCUGCCAAAAGAGAGAUCAUUAUAGGUGCUAAAUGAAACCUUCAUUUAGGAAAAAAAAUUUAGCACCGCAUUGCAGCCACUGCUCACCCAUCGCUAAACUCCUGCUUCUUUAGUGACAAUCGACUAUUUUUCGACAGUACGUAAAUUGUGAAUUCCCACGUAUCUAUAUCAUACUGAUUAUUGCGACGUAGAACGCAGAUAAACAAAUAGGAGAUAAGCGGCUACGCAACGGAGGAUAGAAUGGAUGCGAAAUACGCUAGAAGCAUAGAAACUUGAGGGGUAAGGGUGUGGUUUCACGCCGAAAUCGAACAAAAAAUUUUCUCCGAGUUACCGCUGAUGCACAACAUCAUGACAGUCGUUCAAAAAGCCUUAAAGGCUCUGGAGCAAAUCGAAGCCAUGCGAAGACGGGUAAAAACUUCAGUGCACUAUCCGACUAUCUUCGAGUGCCGAUCGGGGCGAGCAAGGGCGAAUCUCUUACUAUCCCUGUUAGUGGUACCAGGCGUAUUUGCCAGCAGUGUGCCGACUGUCACAGCAGAUCUGCACUCCAAUAGUAAUAGUGCCUCCGUUUUGGACCCGGAGAUCAUCUCAAAGGCCGUACUAGAUGCCGAUCUAUCCGUGAACGCAAUCAACUUAGCCGCUGAGGAGCUUCCACGGGUGUAUAAUGUGGGCGCAGUACUAUCGCACCCGGAAGGUAUCGCUUACUUUGAAGAGGCUAUUUUGGACGCCAUGGCCACUUAUAAUAUCGAUCUAGUCGCUAAGAGCGUACACAUGAGCCUCAACCCUAUUCGCAUGGCUGAAAACGUUUGUGAGCAACUCAUCUCACAACAAGUCUAUGCAGUGGUAAUUUCAAGCCCGCUAAAAGGUGAACUUUCACCGGCCGCAGUGUCCUAUACAUGCGGCUUCUAUAGCAUUCCUGUUAUUGGAAUCAGCUCUCGACACAGUUCGCUAUCGGAUAAAAACUUGCACAAGACGUUCUUGCGCACGGUGCCGCCAUAUUCUCAUCAGGCUGAUGUCUGGAUGAAGCUUCUCCGCCAUCUGGGCUAUCAGAGCGUUGUAUUCGUUCACUCGUCGGAUAACGAUGGUCGCGCUACACUCGGACGAUUCCACAGCGUCGCAGCGCAACAUAAAAAUGCUGUGCACAUCGAGCACGUGAUCGAAUUCGAGUCUGGCGUAAGUGAGACGGACCUAACUGCCGCGCUGAGAAAUGCCUCGAGGCGACAUUGUCGCGUUUACGUUUUAUACGCCGACACCAGCGAAGCAUCGAAGGUUUUCGACGUUGUCAAGAAAUUGGAUAUGACCACUUCAGGCUAUGUUUGGAUCGUGUCGGAGCAGGCACUCAAGGCACCAAACUGUCCCGAUGGCGUCUUGGGACUAGAAUUGGUCAACGCGGUGGACGAGCGAGCCCACAUCCGCGAUUCAGUAAACCUAAUCGCCCUCGCUCUUAAGAAGCUCCAGAAGGACUCCAAAGUUGCCGCUCCUCAGCUGAACUGCAGUAAUCUCGAGCACAACUGGGAUGCUGGACUCAAACUUGUCAGUAUUCUUAAGGAGCAGGUGUUAGAAAGCGGAGAGAACGGCCACGUAAAGUUUGAUCAGAGAGGAGAUCGCCUUAAUAGUGACUACGAUAUAUUCAACAUCCAACGAGAUAAAGAGAGUUACCUAGUGAAAGUGGGCGAGUACAUGUAUAGCGAAUACGAUAUGGAGAUGGAACUCAAAAUCAACCUAAAUGCAGUCUCCUGGCCCGGAAAAGCUACAGAAAAGCCUCUUGGCUUCGUCAUUCCUAAACACCUUCGGGUGGCUACCUUGGCCGAGCGUCCAUUCGUCUGGAGCCGUAAAGUUAACUCUUCGACGGAGUGUUCAUCCGUAGAGAUUCUGUGCCCGUGGUACAAUAGGACCGCUGACACUGGCCACGACGAGGCCUUCUGCUGCUCUGGCUAUUGUAUGGAUUUGUUGCAUUUCCUCGCUUCGAAGCUAAACUUUACUUUCGACCUCUACCUCGUCGAGGACGGACAGUACGGAAACCUCGACUCGAAUGUCGAAGGGAAACGUGUAUGGACGGGUCUGAUCGGAGACCUUGUUCGUAAAAAAGCUGAUAUGGUCGUGGCUCCUUUGACCAUUACCCCUGAGAGGUCAAUGGAGGUCGAUUUUACGAAGCCAUUCAAGUACCAAGGAAUAACCAUCCUAGCCAAGAAGCAAGACAAAAGCUCCACCCUGGCGUCAUUCCUGCAGCCGUUCCAAAAGUCGCUGUGGAUAUUGGUAGUGGUUUCAGUGCACGUGGUGGCUUUGGGACUCUAUUUGCUGGAUCGAUUUAGUCCGUUUGGCAAUUACCGGGUGCUACCCAGCGAGCGCGAUGAGGACGGGCUCAAUCUCUCCUCGGCACUGUGGUUUGCCUGGGGAGUCCUGCUCAAUUCGGGAAUAGCUGAGGGAACUCCUCGGUCAUUUUCGGGACGAGUACUGGGUAUGGUAUGGGCAGGUUUCGCCAUGAUCGUUGUGGCAUCGUACACUGCCAACCUAGCCGCAUUUCUUGUGCUUGAAAAGCCUGAAUCAUCACUGGCAGGCAUCAACGACCCACGUCUGCGCAACCCCUCGGAGAAUUUCACCUACGCCACUGUGCGAGGCAGCGCCGUCGACACCUACUUUAAGCGGCAGGUGGAACUGCAAAACAUGUACCGCAUCAUGGAAGGCAAGAAUUUCGACACGGUGGACCACGGUAUACACGCACUAAUGAACGGAAAUAUCGAUGCGUUCAUUUGGGACUCGUCGCGGCUGGAGUACGAGGCUGCGCGCCACUGUGAACUACUAACAGCUGGCGAACAGUUUGGUCGCUCUGGUUACGGAGUGGCUCUGCAAAGGAACUCGUUUUGGGUCGAUAAAGUAACACUGGCCUUGCUUGAGAUGCACGAAAGUGGCUUUAUGGAGCAACUGGACUCUCUCUGGAUUCACAAUGGAGGUCGGCGAUGCGAGAGCAAGCUAGAACGGACGCCAGCAACCCUUGGACUAACGAAUAUGGCAGGCGUCUUUAUAUUGGUUGGGGCAGGAAUAUUCGGGGGUUUGGUGCUUAUUAUUAUUGAGAUCAACUAUAAACGCUACUUGGCCAAACAGAAAAGAAGGAUGCAAAUCGCCAGGAAGGCCGCAGCAAAAUGGCGUGGCAUCGUUGAGCGGCGGAGAUCUCUUCGUCGCCCGUCUCACCAUCGGAUAAUGCUGCCAUCGAACAUUCAGCAGCUGCCGGUGCUCAUCGGGUCGCUGGCAUCCGGAAUGCCGUCUGCUCAGACAGUUGUCCCAGCCCACAGCGGGGCAAGUAAACACGAAAACCUGGGUCAUCAGGGUCUCAGUCGAUUAAAGUCGGCCUCUACGUCGAUAAAGAGCAGCCAUGAAACACGAUCCGAUUUGGCGGAUUUGCCACCACCGCCACCACCGCCUGCGCGGGUCCAGGCGACGCCCGGCACCCGAAUGAACGCUUCUACGCGUUACCUCCUUGGCGCUCAGGAGAACAAGCCCGUCUCGUUUGACAUUAAUGUCUAAUAAAACAAACCAGAAAACAACAACAACAUAAAGGGAAAUACAUCGCAGGCAGCUCAAGACCGACAGUUACUCACAACAUAAUGAAAGGAAUGGGUAAUAUAUAGGUAUUUGCUCUAUAAAACUGAAUUAUGAACACAUUGCCAUUACAGUACUUAAUUACAUCACCCAAAAAAUAUCAAGUGACUGGAAAAGGGGGACGUUAUUAAAAUGAUGAAGGAGGUGGUAAUCGCGUUAGGGAGGUAAAAUAAUGAAAUGCCCUGUUAGUUUGUGCGCCAACGACGGAUGAUCGUAUCUGACUCUUUUGGUCCUGAUGUUCUACGUAGGCGAAGUGUCAGACGGCUUCGCCAGUGAAGUCUUCCAUAGUUAACACGAUACAUAAACGAUAAGCAUCUGCAAUGACCGCUAUUAUAUGUUAAAUAUUUUUUUGGAUGAGAGAAGGUUCUUUUUGGAUAAAGGUCGUCAAAAUAAGCGGCCUUUAACAGCGGGUAGAGUUUUCGGGUUAUUGAUUUAAUAGAUGUUAUUACACGUGUCGAUUCCGCAACGAGCUGUACUUCUGCGCAUAGAAACAAUGUGAUUACGAGUGACUCUUAAAAAGAUGUUCGCCCCAUAGCUAAUAUAUAUAUGAACCUAUGUCUCGGCAGUGUGACCUCAGCAGUACAUGAUACCACAGAGAUCUGUCUUGUGUUUAUACGCCAAUUACUUUGUACGGGCAACGCUAUUGCAUUAGAACUUUACUCACAACGGAUAGAAUUGCGACAACAGUACUCUUCUUUAACUUACAUCAGGACCAGAGUUGGAAGUCAGGGCUAACAGAUUAAACUGCAAUCAUGUCCACCCAUACCCUUGCCAGCUUUGCCAUCUCCCGGUGUUGUCAAUUUCCGUCCCCCAAAGGAUUUCGUCGCUAUAAUAAUUCUCAAAUGAUAUACCACUACUAGCAACUGGCAUGUAAUAUCGACGCGAUCAAUUGUUGAUUGACUACACACUGCAGCCCCCAAUCGUUAUAGAUAACGCAAAUAGUUAUUUCUGGAAACUUUAAGACCAUUACAAUGUCUAAGUGAUGACAAAUCGAUUUCGCUAUCCCGACACCAAUGAGAUUCUAUUGGGUACCAUUUUGGUACGUUAAUGUUCUCUAAUUCCUUCUCAUUUCUGUCUGGCCAUAUAUAUACAUCCUGUUAUCCGUUGCUGAACGUACUAGGACAACACUCGCUAUAUCGUUGCCACAUCAUGUCCACGCUUUGGCUGACGCUAGCCCAAUGGCGACGUUUUUCGUCUGCGCGGGACGAUAAACAAGAAGCUGAAACAGCUGAUUUUUGCAGUUUCGAAGAGUAGAAAUUUGAAAAACGUUCCCAUGUUUCUAAAUUAGUUGUUUGUUAACGCUCGCUACCCAAGCGGUGCAUUAUUUGAGUGCUAGAAAAAACUUGAAAUCACUACUGCAUGAUCAGAAGCUACAAUUUAUCUUUUGUAUUGUACCACGAUUGUUGAUUAUGACACUUCCUUUUCUAUCGAAAUAUCGCAAGCAAGCUCCAGCAGUUUAGUAUUAAGCAAGUCGGAGCAUAAAAACCUGCUAGAGCAAUACGAACGAUUGUUAUUCAUUCCGAAACACGUCAAUUUUCCAGGCGAGUAAGAUUACCUUAAACUCAGCAGGCGGUAUAACUCAGGCAGCUAGUCUUUUACGACGAAAACUUUUUAGCGCCUGGCAAAUUAUUUUAUUAGGUAAAGUAAGGUUAAAACAUUGAACCAGUUGGGGUUUCGCGCUCAUCAUUAAGUGCAAGAGCUCUUACUCAUAGCAGAUCUGAGAUGGGAUGGAGUGGGAUGGGGCGCCGUACUUAGAAUACUGGAGGAUAGGGUCUAGGCAAGCGAUCUAGAAAUAUGCUCAAACGCCUCACGAAUACGCAGUACUUGACUAGCUGCUCUGUUUGUUGAAUAGGCAGAUUACAAUGGAAAUCAAAGCUUUUUUUUUUUUUGAAACCAUGCGGUUAAUGUGUCCUGAGAAAUGAUGAGGUUCAACAAUUCCAACAUGGACUCUUUCAAAUCCUUGUCUUAAACCGCCGUCGAAAAUAAAUGGUUUGAAUGAAGGCCCACAACCUCUCGCAAUUGUGCUGAUGACUUAGUCAGCACAUAGUUUAAGCCCGUCAUAUAUAUACAACACGAAUAACUAAACACAGAUUAUAAUACGCUUAGAUUAGAAAAAGAUUAUAAUUGCAAGCAACCACAAACAAAAUAAGGAAAUGUAUGAGUGACUUGGUUAUGCCAGCCGUUUAAUUUCUGACCUCUUCAAAAACCUUCGUGAGAAGGUCUUGUGUCUAAUAUUUUGGAAAUUAGUUCGCACCAUUUUUUUUUUGCAUACGGCCAGAAUAUCUACAUAUAUAUAAUAAAUUAUCGAUGUUACAAUUCAAACUCAGUGUGAUUAUUUUUCGAAAAGCGAUGGCAUUAUACACAAAGUUGAACAUUGUUAAUGCAGAUUGCUUCGUUCGAGGGCGAACGAGAAAGUAAUGUUAACGAAGUGGCGAAUGUAUCAAAGAAAUAAGCUAGAUCAAGCUGUUAUGGCUGGUAUUGAUUCCGAUUAGAUGUUACUGCUACUGCUACUACUAUUACAUCUGGAUAAAAUUAUAAUGUCUAAAAUAAACUAAAGCACCUAAGGUAAAAAAAAAUCAAAAGACCGUGUGUGUGUCAUGAUGAUGAUGCCAUAGUAAUGUACUUGUUUUAUGCUUUAGGAAACACAUGAGGCGGUUUAAGCGUCGAACCGGAUGAAGGUACCUCGUUCCUUAUUCUAAAUCGUAAUCUGCAAAUUGCCAGAUGUGCAUUGAUACACGUUGUAGAACAUCACGAUCAAUACAUGACGUUUAUAUGAAGAACCUCUACAAGAUUUUGUAUGUUUCAUAAAGCAUUUUCUAUCGUCUUACGUCAUUGAGGUAACUUUGUGAUGAACAUGAAGAUAACAAUUAAGUUUCAGAAUUUUCAAGGUCGGAAGCAGAAAGAGGCGUUGCAAAAACAUUUUAGUUAUAUAAUUGCAUAUUUGUCCCUGAAAUUCCAUGCAAACGUCAACUUUGUGGGGCGCUUAAUUUUGUUCGACAAUUAUUAUUAUUACCAGUUAAUGUGUUUCUAUUAAAAAAUUGUCUAUUGGAUACCAUCUUUGCCCAUUCAAAACCAAAAACGCUUUUUUUGA